AUGUACUGCCGACAAGUACUGAAUUGUAUGGGGAUGAAUGAUCGUUUAUCCCCAGAGGAAAUGAUUGCAGCAGCUACAGUGCAUCUAAUGGAAGAUUCAAAUCGAACAUCUCCAGGAGGAUUCAUCCUUCUUGGCCUGUCCAAUGUCCCAUAUCUUCAGGUCAUCUGCUUUAUUGUGUUCUUGAUAAUAUAUAUGUUAACAUUGUCGGGGAAUGUUCUACUGAUUAUCGUGGUGAGGAACAACUCAAAGCUCCACACUCCCAUGUACUUCUUCUUGACUAAUCUCUCCACAAUUGACAUCUGCUUCUCCUCCACCGUUGUGCCUAAAAUUUUUAUAAAUAUUAUUUCCAAAGACAGAAACAAGAGUAUUUCAGUGAGGGGUUGUGUUUUCCAAAUGUUCUUCUCAUUAGUACUUGGGGUAGCAGAAUGUAUCUUACUUGCUGUCAUGGCUUAUGAUAGGUUUGUGGCCAUAUGUAAACCAUUACACUACAACAUCAUUAUGAACAUGAGGUUUUGUAUUAUUUUAGCCAUAAUACCAUGGAUUUUUGGUCUCAUAAACUCCUUUAUACAAGUGUCCAUCACCUGGCAACUUCCUUUCUGCAGAUCUCAUCAUCUUAAUAAUUUUUUUUGUGAAGUACCUGCCUUCUUACGACUAUCUUGCAGAGAUCCUUGGCUUAAUGAGAUAGCCAUGUAUGUAGCAGCUGGGAUCAUUGUUUUGUGUUCUUUUCUCUUGACAUUGAUUUCCUAUGUUUUUAUCAUUUCCACCAUUUUGAGGAUCCGUUCCUCACAAGGAAGGCAUGCGGUUUUUUCUACAUGCACCUCCCACCUCACUGUCGUUAUUCUUUAUUAUGGAACCCUCAUGUCCAUCUAUCUUCAGCCUCGAUCUUCUCAUUCUCCAGAGACAGACAAGGCAGUAUCUGUUCUCUAUACGUUGGUUACUCCGAUGUUGAAUCCCAUCAUUUACAGCAUCAGAAAUAAGGAAGUCAAGAAGUGUAUAAUAAAGAAUAUAAAAAACAAGACAAACUGUCUAAAAACAUGA